AUGGAGCGACUAGUGAAGAAACAUCGUGAAUGGAUCACUCAUCGCGACAAUCGCGGCAGAACUGCGGCGAUGCAUGCUGCAAUCGCUGACAACGUCCGUAAUCUUCAGUUUCUGAUGAGAAAAGGCCUAUCUCUAUGGGACACUGACAACGGUGGUGCGACAACAUUACAUUGGGCCACGCAGUGUUGUGCAGCUAAGGUUGUGCGAUUCAUCCUGCAAGCGGGAAAGUCACCGCAAGGUUUGGCACCGUUCCUGGUCGCUGACAAGGAUGGCGUCACACCAAUACACAUUGCUGCAUGUGGUAAUGGUAAAAUACUUCAGAUGUUCAUCGACGCGGUCAGCGCUACGGACGAUGUGUUCGGUUUGGCGCAAGACAAACGAGGACGUGGACCCCUACACUAUGCAGCCUCUAAAGCCAGUGUCGAGAGUGUAAGGCUGAUUUUAGGUGAGUCCUUAGAAUUCUCUUGCGGAAUGUCUCUGUAUGGUGAAGAG